UCAAUACAUCCGAACCCAAAAGUCAGUGUGUUAAGAAGUCCUAAAACAGCAGCCCCCGUGAAAAACGAGGGCCAGUCAACGGAGUCAGCACACCACUCCUCAACAACUCUGGUCUUUGAUUUAGUGGCUGUAACUAUUACCUUUUGUGAACAUAUAUACGGGAGCACCAACGAUUGAUUGGAUUUUGAACUCACAAUGGAGAAAGCACUCGGUAGACAGAGAGUUCUGCUUCAACAUUUGCAACCCACUUCGCAAACCCACGAAUCUACUGCUCUCUCUGCUUCAAAUUGUGCUGGAUAUCACCGGACAGCUGCUUUUGAUGACGAUGUUGUUAUUGUUGCGGCAUACCGUACUGCGAUUUGCAAAUCCCAGCGUGGGGGUUUCAAGGAUACUCCUCCCGAGGAUCUACUUGCUCCUGUUUUGAAGGCAUUGAUAGAGAAAACAAAUUUGAACCCAAGUGAAGUAGGGGAUAUAGUUGUUGGCACAGUUCUAGCUCCUGGAUCACAAAGAGCAACAGAGUGCAGGAUGGCAGCGUUCUUUGCUGGGUUCCCAGAAACGGUACCCAUUAGGACUGUCAACAGGCAAUGCUCAUCUGGUCUCCAAGCAGUGGCUGAUGUGGCUGCUUGCAUAAAAGCAGGUUUCUAUGACAUUGGUAUCGGGGCUGGAUUGGAGUAUAUGACUGCCAAUCCAAUUAGUGGUGUUCAGAAAAUUAAUCCAAAAGUACAUGAUUUUGUGCAAGCCCGAGAUUGUCUUCUUCCUAUGGGCGUUACGUCUGAAAAUGUUGCACAGCGUUAUGGAGUGACAAGGGAAGAGCAAGAUCGGGCUGCUGUUGAAUCUCAUAAACGUGCCGCUGCUGCCAUAUCAUCGGGUAAAUUCAGAGAUGAAAUCAUCCCAGUUUCUACUAAGAUUGUGGAUCCAAAAACUGGUGAAGAAAGCCCCAUUACAGUACUAGUUGAUGAUGGAAUUCGGGCAAACACAAAUAUGAAGGAUCUGGCAAAGCUGAAGCCUGCAUUCAAGAAGGAUGGUUCCACCACUGCUGGUAAUGCUAGCCAGGUGAGUGACGGUGCUGGAGCUGUGCUUCUAAUGCGAAGAAGUUUGGCUACGCAAAAGGGGCUUCCUAUUCUUGGUGUGUUCAGGAGUUUUGCUGCUGUUGGUGUGGAUCCAGCUGUGAUGGGCAUAGGUCCCGCAGCUGCAAUUCCAGUUGCCGUGAAGGCCGCUGGUUUGGAGCUUGAUGAUAUUGAUAUCUUUGAGAUAAAUGAGGCAUUUGCAUCCCAGUUUGUGUAUUGUUGUAAGAAGCUGGAGCUUAAUCCGGAAAAUGUGAAUGUUAACGGAGGUGCAAUUGCUCUCGGACAUCCUUUGGGUGCUACAGGUGCCCGCUGUGUUGCAACAAUUUUGAACGAGAUGAAGCGUCGAGGAAAAGACUGUCGCUUUGGAGUAAUCUCAAUGUGCAUAGGCACAGGUAUGGGAGCUGCUGCUGUUUUUGAAAGAGGGGACUGCAUAGAUGUUCUCUGCAAUGCUCGACCGGUGGAAUGCAACAGUCUUUUAUCGAGGGAUGCUCGGUAGAUGCAAUGGGUUUCUUGUGGCCAUUUAUUAGAAUAACCAUCUCAUGACAGCUGAGAACUGGAAACAAAGUUCUGUAUUGUAUCUUUUUUCUUUUACUUUCUAAGAGAUUGCUCCAGAAUGUUAUUUAUAUAUUCUCAACAAAAUGAACUUGUAUUGUAUCAGCCAUAAAGGUUAUAAACUUAUACUGCCAAGUCUUGUUAAAAUGCUCAUUUGGAUAUCCAAUGGUUAAAUUGAGCAAUUUUGACGUCUUGGAGAUCACCAGUGUGGUAGUGACCCUGGAAUGAAUGUUACCAUAACCGCUUAAUCUA